AUGACUUUUAGUGACUUAAUUAUCUUCGACCAACUUACAAGUGGUUUAUUGGCAAAUUGGUAUAUUCUUAUGAUACUCGUCCUGAACGCAGUCGAACUCCCAAAGCUCUCUGCAGUUAUGUUUGCCCCUUCCAACGUCCAGAACCUAGGGCUGGUAAACCCUGGCAAUCUCUCGGGACACAUGAACCCCAUCAAUAUCGCUGGACCCACCGCGACCGAUAACACGAAUCAUAAUAGCAACAACAGUGACCACUUGAAAAGUGCCUCUGGGAAUUUGAAUGCUACACCAGCUAACCAAGUCACGCUACAUGCACUCGAUGAUCCGAAUGUGUACCACUGGAUCUGCCAGCUCACAUACGGCCCCAACAAAGAGCAGGCACUUUUGGAACUGGGCAGAAAGCGUGAACAAUAUGAGGAUUUGGCCAUUGUUCUCUGGUCUUCAUUUGGUGUGGUUGCCGCUCUACUGAGCGAGAUUACCUCUGUAUACCCCAUGCUAUCUCCACCAGUCCUGUCCAACCAGCUAAGCAACCGCGUAUGCAACGCUUUGGUACUUUUGCAAUGCGUCGCUUCCCACCCGGAGACGAAAACCCUCUUCUUGCAAGCGCAUAUCCCACUUUUGCUCUUUCCUUUCCUCAACACCACCUCAAGACAACGAACUUUCGAAUAUCUGCGGUUGACGUCUUUAGGUGUGAUCGGCGCUCUUGUGAAAAACGACUCCGCCGAGGUAAUAGCCUUUUUGUUGCGCACAGACAUUAUACCACUCUGUCUGCGCAUCAUGGAGUCUUCCUCGGAACUAUCCAAAACGGUGGCAAUUUUUAUUCUCCAGAAAAUCUUACUUGACGACGCGGGACUGCAGUACAUAUGUGCCACACCAGAACGCUUUCACGCUGUGUCACAGGUUCUCACCUACAUGGUUGACCAAUUGACCCUGCAGCAGACCCCUGGCCGUCUGUUGAAACAUGUUGUGAGGUGCUACCUACGACUCAGUGAUAAUUUGGAGGCAAGAAGAUUACUUAAACAGGUACUACCGCGCCAGCUGAAAGACAACACAUUCGGAGAAGUUUUGAGAGAUGACUUAGGCACCAAGCGUUGCUUGGCUCAACUGCUGCUGACCUUGAAUGAAGAUUAG